AUGGCGGAAGGCGGUAAACCACAACAACAAGUUAUUCAUCUCUACUUUGCAGGGGCGCCUAUCAACGUGCAAGGGGAUAAUGUCGGAUCAAAGACUGAAGUUGGUGCCGGGAAAAUUGGUCGAAUUAUGGUUCAGCAACCAGAUGCAACAGCAUACAGCCCUGCUCAACCCGCAGAAAUAUCAAAAGGCGUCGAAUCCAUGAAUAUUCAGUCUGAUUCAUUCGCAACCCCAAUGCAAACAGACGAUCUCAGAGUGCAGGAUCUUCAAACGAAGACAGAUAGAAAACCAAAUCAACUUAACAAAACGCCACCUCGAACUCAGGAGCUCAAUCAACAACCAAAACAAACAGCAGCCGGUCCAAGAUAUACGACCGCACAGAGUGGAAUUAAUGCUCCAAAGAUUUCCAUGCUUCGAAAAAAAUCUUCCAAGUUAUUCGACGAGUCCAAAUAUGAAGAAGCAGUCUCGAUCUUAGAAGAACUGGCAACCCUGCAAAACCAUCAGGAUUUGGAUACAAUACUUAUGAUGGUCGAGUGUUUUAUACAACUUGGCAGAGGAAACAAAGCGGAAAAGGCUAUUGGCAACUUACGAAAUAUCCUGAUGACGUCAUCUGUGACAAUUGCUGAUGACGUCAAAUACCUUGCGAUUGACUUAAUUUCGAAUUCCGCAUACAUUCGCGCUAUAAUAUUGCUUCGAAUAGCAAGUGAUAUCUACAGAGCUCGCACAAGAUCACCCGAUGAUGUAAUGAAUGGGAUUGGAUUUUGUAUCAGUAAGACAUAUGAUGCCACUAAGCCAUUGAUAAAAGCCGGUGGUCGAUCUAAAAUUAUAGGAGUGGAUUACGGCAUAGAAUACAUGACAGAAAUGCUGGAUGAUGUUCGCGCAAUAGAAAACGCUGAUCCAGUGAAUAAAGCAACACAAGAGGCUUGGUGCUGUCAAUACAUUGGAUAUAACUAUUUACUGGCAGGUGAAAAUGAGAAAGGUAUAAAAAUAUUCAUGAAUGGACUGGAGAUUUUGGAGAAAAAGUUCGGAUCAAACGCUUCAAAAUAUAAAAUCUACGGUGUAUUGCUGCAUAAUAUCGGUGUAGGGUAUUAUAAUAUGCGUAAAUAUGAAGAAGCAGAAUCCUAUGAUAUUAAAGCCAUUGAUGCGUAUGGAAAGGCUUCAGAUUAUGGAAAUGAAGCUGAGAGAGAGGAAGAUAUUGAAAAUUCAAAAACUGAGCUCAAGAAUGCUCGAGCAAAAUUAACCUGA